AUGCAACGAGCAAGUGACCUUCUUUUUGGAUUCUCAAUAUAUGCUGAGCCAACUAAGGGUAAAAUAAUUGAGAAAGCAUUUUCAGCUAUGGAUGAGUUGUCAAAGCUAGGUGUUGCAGGGCAACCUUUGUGGCAGCCCCAAACAAACGAUAGAUUUGACACUUUAAAUCAUAUUGAAUAUUUGAGGCAAUUUGGUCAGGCUGAUACAACACUAAGAGAGAUUGUUAAGCUGAUUGAGAUUGGAGAGCCUCAAAUUGAAUUGCCAAGCUUUGACUUGUAUCAAACUGACCAUCCAACAUCCAAGGCAACUCCGAGAGCAGCUCUACAAAUUGAAGCUUCACGAGAUAUGGCCACUAUUAACAUGAGUCCAACCAACAUUGUUGAAUUACUUAUGGAUAUGAAUCAAUGGUGGAGUGCUUUUUACAAUAUUGUCUCAAAAGCAAAAAUCCUGGGAACCAUGUUUGAUGGAAUGGAAGGAGGCUAUGACGGAAAAUUGCACGUGAUGAGCGCUGAACUUCAUUUGCCUACUGCUGUUAUACCGACGAGGGAGUGUUAUUUUGGAAGGUACUGCAAGCAAUUGUCUCAUGACAAGUGGGGGAUCGUUGAUGUUUCAUUGGAGAAGUUUUUUCCUUCUCCAACAAGUAAUUUUCUGAAGAGACCAUCUGGUUGUUUGAUUACAGCAAUGCCUAAUGGAUGCUCUGAGGUUAUAUGGGUGGAGCAUGUGGAAGCAGACCAUAGCCAAUUGGAUGAUCGUUUUAAGCAGCUAGUCACUUCUGGUUUGGCUUUUGGUGCAACGCGUUGGCUUGCUUCUUUAGUUCGGUACAGUGAAUGGCGUCAAGUUCUGAAUGCAUCAGCAUUUAUAGCAGAUGAUGGAGUUCAUAUACCUCAAACUGGGAGGACAAGUUUCUUGAAACUGGCGGAUAGAAUGAUGAGAAGCUUUUGUGCUAAUAUCAGUGCUAGCCCAAGCAAUCCAUGGAUGCAAAUAGCUACUUUUCCAGGUUCCACAGACGUGAGAGUCAUGAUUAUGAAUGAUGCGGCAGAUCCUGAGAAGUCUCUUGGUACAACGGUGGUUUUCACUACUACUCUUUGGCUGCAAGUCUCCCCUGAUCGAUUAUUCAACUACCUUCGUCACGUGAAUUCCAGAUCCAAGUGGGAUGUGCUUUCACGUAGACUUUGUAUUCGAGAAUUCGCGGCAAUUAUUAAGGGCGAAAAUUCCAGAAAUCGUGUUUCCUUGAUGAGUGCAAAUACUACAAAGGGCAAGAUUGAAAUUUUUUAUCUGCAAGAGAGUUGCACAAACUCAACAGGUUCCUACGUGAUUUAUGCUCCACUAGAUGAGUUAACUCUAUCCGCUCUUGCAAGUGGAUGCGACCCUGGGAAAGUGGUUAUCUUGCCAUCAGGGUUUUCUAUCCUUCCUGGAGGGCUAGAAGGAGGCACUGGAAGUUUCCUAACUAUUGCAUUCAACAUAGUUGAAAAUGCCAUUAAUAGGGCUUUUAUCCCUCCUGAAUCAAUUGAAACCAUCUAUAAAGUUAUUACAGAUACUGUUACCUCCAUAAAAGAUGGGGUGCGGUACCAUAAUCUACACAACAAUUGGAUGGAUGAUUGA